ACUUGUAUGCAUGUACUCCUGUACAAUCCAUUUCCAAAUCUUCGCCCUCCACAUUUUUUUUAUUAUUCUAUUCUAUCUACUACUCACAUAUACUCCUCCUGGCCACGUCAGUAAUACAAGCUUUUAUUUUGGCCAUCCGAUGCGAGAUCAACAGCCCACCCGACCGUUUCUCCACCAAAACAAAAUAACUAUCCCCUCUUUCUUCCCUCGUGCCGGUCGACAGCGCCCGCGUGCGGUGCGGCGGCGCUCCGUCGCCUAAACACACACAACACCGCCCACGCCACGCGAAAACCAUGGGGAGAGGGGCCGGGCCUUCCUCCUGGCUCGCCGCCGUGGCCACUGCCGCAACACCAAGCUUCCGCGCCGCCCACGCCCUCCUCCUCACCUCCGGCCACCUCUCCUCCCGCGCCUCCGCCAACUCCCUCCUCCGCGCCGCCCCAUCCCCCUCCGCCUGCGCGCUCAUCCUACGCCUCCUUCUCCUCCACCGCUUCCGACCCGACCACAUCUCCCUCUCCUUCUCCCUCCACUCCUGCGCCCGCGCCGUCACCACCACCCGCAACCCGCUCACCGCCCUCUUCCACUCGCUCGCCCUCAGGCUCGGCCACGCCCGCGACGUCUACGUCGCCAACGCCGCCAUCUCUUCCUACUUCGCCGCCUCCGACGUCGCCUCUGCCGACCGCCUCUUCGCCGAGCUCUCCGCUGACGACGUCGCCGACGUCGUCACCUGGACCACCAUGGUCACCGGCCAUGCCAACGCCACCAAUCUCCAGCGGGCGAGGCACUUCUUCGACGCCAUGCCCGACCGCAACGUCGUUUCCUGGAACGCCAUGCUGGGCGCCUACGCCAGCGCCGGAAUGCUGUCCCAGGCGCGGGACCUGUUCGACGCGAUGCCUCAAAGGAACGCCGCCACGUGGAGCUCUAUGCUCACUGGGCUCGUCCUGUCGGGACGCUGCGGGGAGGCGCUCAGGGUGUUCCAUGACAUGGUCCGAAGCGGUGCCGUGCCCAAUGAGCCCGCACUGGUUAGUGUGGUCUCCGCGUGCGCGCAGCUGCGGUCUCUUGAGUACGGCGCGUGGGUGCACGGAUACGCCGAGCAGGAGCUGCAGGGGGCGAUGAGUGUCAUCCUCGCCUCCGCCAUCAUCGACAUGUACGGGAAAUGUGGGGGUAUCCACAGUGCCGUCAGGGUAUUCGCCGCGAUGCCCGUGAGAAACGUCUACUCCUGGAACGCAAUGAUCGCUGGGCUCGCGAUGAAUGGUGGCGAGAGACAGGCCCUGUCGCUCUUAUGGAAGAUGCAGAUGGCUGGUGUUCGACCGAAUGACAUAACUUUCAUCGGGUUGCUCAGCGCUUGCUCCCACUCUGGACUUGUGAAUGAGGGCCGCCGGUUGUUUGACAGUAUGAUCGAGGACUUUGGGAUACAGCCAGUCCAACAUCAUUACGGUCUUAUGGUUGAUUUGAUUGGCCGCUCUGGUCGUGUUAAGGAGGCCCUAUUUUUCGUCAAGAGCAUGCCUGUGGAACCUCACCCUGGCUUAUGGGGCGCACUAGCUAGCGCCUGCAAGAUGCAUGGUGAGGUUGAGCUUGGUGAGGAGGUUGCCAAGAAGCUCAUUGAGCUGGAGCCUCGGCAUGGCAGCCGAUACAUCCUCCUGUCAAACUUGUAUGGCUCUGCAAAUCGAUGGGAUGACAUGGCCUUUGUGCGCAAGAUCCUCAAAAGGCGCAAGGUGCCCAAGGGCACUGGCAAUGCAGUGGUUGGAAUGACAUUGACAUCCAGUAUGUCGAAUGAUUGAGUGCACUCUCGAUAAGGAUGUAUAAAAAUUUAAGGGCAUUAGGAUUUUUGCACCGGUUGGACCGGCUACCGAGGAGCAACAUGAGAUCGAGGAGCCUAGAUGAUGAUAGGGCUGAAAUAGAAAUGUUCAGUUGAUAUGUCAUCCUAUGCCUAAUUGUUUAAACAGCACUCAGUAAUUGCACAUACAGGGAGUGGAAGUGCAAAGAACUAGCAAGAAGUGCAGACUGGUGCUUGAAUACUGACCAAAGGUGGCUGGAACUCAAAGAACUGAGUGUUGUCUAGUAUGAUUAGUUCAGAGUUAGGCGAUUCAGUUAAUGCAAGGAUGUUUCAGAAUAGUUACUUGACCUCUUUUUUAUUGCAUAUUGAGAUCUAGGAUGAUAUCGAUCCAACUCACUUUGAAUGGUAACUUUAUCAAAAGUAUCGUUGUAUGCUUAAUUUCACCAA